ACAAAACAGUUCGCUACGCACGCCGAUCGGUACGCUACAGCAUCCCGCCAAAGGCGAAGAGAUGAGAAAACUUUUUCUUAAAAUAGCCACAUUGUAAAAGGAAACGAGGUCGGUAUAUCUGUUACAAGUACAAAUUGACGCUAGUGGAGCAGCAUUUCACACCGGAAAGAGAUUUCGAAAUUUAUCAGUGAGCUCAGUUUCAAAGCUUAAAAAAGAAUGGUGGACUCGCCGCAUCACGUUCACUUUGACCAAACGGUGAUAAAUGACGGGUUGCAUGAUAACAGCAUUAUCUACCAAAUAGCCCCCGAAGGAACGUCGCUGACGGUACACCUGGGCUUUCUGCAGAUAAAACAUCGGUAUCGCAUCGAGCUCAGUGUUCCGGCACAAGUGGUCAAAAAUGCGGGUUUCGAGGUUGGCAGCAACAGUGCAUUUGUGGUUCAGGAUACACACGUUCCGUGCGUUAAUUGCAAACUACUGGAGUUUUCAUCCCGAACCGUGGACGUGAAGGGAGUCGAACACUUUUCCGUCACAAUCGAGUUCCUGGCGCACAAGGAAAAGCUACUGAAAGAAUGUCUGCAUUUAUGUGGAAAGGAAGAGCCGGCGAGGAAGCUUGAAUUGAUACUUGUUGCCCGGGUCCUCGGUAAGGGCAAAGGCACGCCAAUGCUCCGCAACGGUAUACACUGCAUUGGCGUGGAAAAGGACGACGAAGAGUCAGAGGCGUCCGAUUGGCAAGGUUUUGCGGAUGGAAAGUAGGACGAACGAGAAAGUAUCAACAAACUUUGUGUAUCUUUUAACCAUUGAUAGUGAAAUAAAUUUUUAA